AAUAGGAACCCGGCCGGGAAGGACGGUUGUUAUUCCACUUCGGUACGCCCCAUUGACGCCCAGCACAACAACCGAUCCGAACAGCAGAAUGAAGUUCAUGCCGGUUGUCUUGUUGGUGGUCUUGGGCAGCCUGGCCCUGCUGGCACUGGGCCAACAGGCGCCGGCCGCGGCAGCACCAGGAUCUGGACGCUGGAAGCCGGCGGGGCAAGCGAGCGAACCCGUCCUCUCGCCGGAACAGCGCCUGGUCGAGCGGAACAACGAGGCCCUUAAGUCAGCGAUUGGGCGGGCCUUCCCGGCCGACACGGCGGCCGAGUAUCAGCCGCUGGUGUUGGAGCUGUAUGUCCGGUGCCAGGCCGACCUGGACGGGUGCGCCGAACUGCUGUGGGCGACCGGAUUGCAGCGCGAGUAUCGCCUGUGCGCCACGACCCAACGCCAGAUCUGCGCCCAGCAAAUCCAAGAACUGCAGGCGGAACUGGCGGCCAUUACCGAAGCGGCCAACCAGCCCCCGGUCGAGCUGUCGCCGGAGGAGGAAGCCAUCCUCGCGCUGUUGGGCCAGUGAGGGAAGGAUGCGUCGCUGAGUGUUGCUUACUAGCCCACUCCCCUUAAAUGUUGGAUAUGUGAUUUGAACGAAUUAAGGCUUGGUUUUAAUAAUAAAAAAGAAGAAGAAAACAAAAGGAUAAUGCGGUAUCCAUUUCACCGAAGGAUAA